CUACAGACAAAGGGACAGGAAGAGAAAACCAGCACCCUCCUUGGAUUUAAGGAACAUUCCUGUUCUUCGCAAAGAUUCAUAGCCAAGUGAAGUAUAGCUGCAGUCAUGACACCAAUUUUACUCAACUGCAGGGGAGCAGAAUGCAGUGAAUAUACCGAACAGGUGCAGUACGUGAAAAAUCCUCAUCUGGAGAGCAUGGAAGAGGACAUUCUCUACCACUUCAACCUGGGCACCAAGACCCACAACCUGCCCGCCAUGUUUGGAGACAUUAAGUUUGUGUGUGUAGGAGGCAGUGCCAACAGGAUGAGAGCUUUUGCCCAGUUCAUGCACCAGGAGCUGGGGCAGCCAGGACAUGUGGAUGACAUCAGAGACAUCUGUGAGGAAACAGACCGCUACUCCAUGUUCAAAGUGGGACCUGUGCUCUCUGUCAGUCAUGGCAUGGGCGCGCCUUCUAUCUCCAUAAUGCUUCACGAGCUCAUCAAGCUUCUGUACCAUUCCCGCUGCCGUGAUGUCAUUCUGUUCCGCAUCGGAACAUCCGGCGGCAUCGGUCUUGCCCCAGGGACAGUGGUGAUCACUGACAAAGCGGUGGACUCAUUCUUCAGGCCCCAGUUUGAGCAAGUGGUUCUGGGUAAAGUGAUUGUCAGGAGCACAGAGCUGGAUGAGGGCUUGUCCAAAGAGCUUUUGCAGUGUUCCACGGAACUGCCUGACAUCCCCACUGUCAUUGCCAACACCAUGUGCACACAUGACUUCUAUGAAGGCCAGGGCCGACUGGAUGGAGCGCUGUGCUCGUUCUCCACCGAGGAGAAGUUGGAGUACCUGAGGAAGGCGCACGAGGCCGGCGUCAGGAACAUCGAGAUGGAGUCCACCGUCUUUGCCGCCAUGUGUCGCAUGUGCAACCUGAAAGCUGCCGUGAUCUGCGUGACUCUGCUGAACCGGUUUGAGGGCGAUCAGAUCUCGACGCACCACGACGUGCUGGUGGAAUACCAGCAGAGGCCGCAGGGUCUGGUAGCCCACUUCAUUAAGAAACGCCUGGGGCUCAUGGCCUGAGCAUGCUCACCAGCGGGCUCCCAUCACCUAGAAUUAGAGUUCAGUGAUAACACAUGCUUGAAUCAACCUGACAAUGAACAGAAUAAGAUGGAGCAGGGUUAUAGCACAACCAAAUAUAAUAAUAAAAAUCGAAUAGAAUUGGCAGAUACUAGACUAGACACAUUAGACCUAGCUCAUUUAAAAACACCUGGACAUUAUUUCUAAACACAUUGAGAAACCAAAAUAGCCCUGUGCUUGUUAAGUUUUGAGACUCCUCAGAAUGCCUGGAGCUAAUGCGGGUGAUGAGAUAAUGUUGGUGCUGUGUGUUUACUUCUGCAGUGUAAAUAUAAUGUUGUUUGUGCCAUAUUUGUAUUUGUGUUAUUUACCACAGUGGUUGUUCAGGUGGAUGUUCAACUCUUCAUUAUUGAACAUGUGCUGAUUGUAUUUCUUCAAG